AUGGACAUUGACACUAAUGGAGUAACGACUGAAAAUAAGUCCGAGGUAGUCGAUGAGUUGCCUCCAAAAGCCGACAUGGAGGUGGACGGUGACGGAGAUGUGAGCAUGGGCGGCCGACCGGAUUCGCAGGACCAGGAACCAGAACCAGCACCAGUACCAGCACCGGUGGCGCCGACCUUCACGUUAACCACCGGCCACAGCGUUGGCGUCCAGAUCACCCCCGCCAAGGCCGCCGACCUUGGGCCCAACACCGCCAUCCUCGAUCUGGCUAGUGAUGAUCACGUGACUCGCACCCUCUGGCGCCCUCGGGACCCUACUACCGUCGUGGCCGCCGGUGAUACCUUCUGCAGCCUGUGGAGGCUGUCUUCAUCCUCGGAUCCGGUACAGGAGAAACUCGUAGCGAACAAGGGGGAUAGCACCUGUGUUUCGGCAGUCGCCUGGGACCCAUUGGGCCAGAAGCUGGCCGUCGCGACCUACAAUGACAUGAGGGGCUCCAUCACCAUGUAUGACGUCUCUGGAAAUGCGGUCGAUCUUCUUCCCGAAGUACCGCGGAUGAUUACUGGGUUGCACUGGGCGGAAAGCGGGUCCCAUUUGAUCGUGGUUGCCUCGGACAGCCGAAUCUCUGAGCUAGCGCUCUGGGACGACUCAUUACGACCAGACGAAUUCCCAUCGCCUCAGGUUAUCGAGGGAUCAAUCUUUGACCUUUGUUGGUUGGGCUCCAACCAGGCUUUUGCUUGUGGUAACGGGACGGUAUAUCAAUGCGAUGUCGAUUCGAGUAUCCACAUCGCCAAGACGUUCUCAUCUGGCGACCCUGACCAGCCUUGGUCAUUCAUCCGCUGUGCGAAUGCCGGCUCUUCACCCGUGGCGGUAACUGCAUCUUCCGCUAAUGCUACACUAUGGGUGCCUACCCAUGACAUGCGCCAUGAGGGUGCCCAUGAAGGCGACAUUACGGCUAUCGAGCUGAAGCCCAAUAUGGAACAGCAGCAACAACCAGAAACAGCACAAACGAUCGUUUUGGCCACUUCCUCCACCGACGACACGGUCAAGGUAUGGCAUUUGGAGCUGGAGUCUAAACAGUUCAACUGUAUCCACCGAUUGUUUCUCGGCCCGUCGGCACCCGCUCUCGCUAGCACUUUCUCUCCCGACGGAUACGCCCUUGCUGCUGCCAGUAAAGAGAGUUUGUUCAUCUGGAAUGCACAGCGAGGAGGCACUGCGUUGGCCACAUGGAAAGUGCCGGGUCCCGGCGAGCAGAAAAAGGAGGAAGAGUCUAGUCCCAUGGUGAAUGGACACAAUGGCACUGCGGAGUCGGUGCCGGAUCGCAGUCUAGCUUGGGAUACCGAUGGCAAAAAGCUUGCUUUCGGCUAUGGAAACCAGCUGGCCAUCGUAAAUCUGCAGCGCUGA